AUUACGUCAAUGUGUCUUGAUCGCUACGGCUCGACGCUUUUUGCCGCUUCGACAGACUCGAGAGUUUAUCUUUAUACCGUUCAGGGAUCGUCGAAACAUCCGAGUCAGCUCAUUUCCGUUCGCUUCUUUAUCAUUUCUAUUGAUAUAUUGCAAGGAGUCAAACGAAAGGCGUUUAACGCGUUUGAUUUUCGGAUUACUGCCUCGCCGGUAUCGGAUCAUGUGAUGUUUGGAGGAGGUGAUUCUUAUGCCGUUGUUUGGGAUUUACAGAACGCCUGA